AUGGGAAAACGAGGAAGAGAUCCUCCUCCAAACGAUUCAAUCUUCAAUCAAGAUCCCGAGUUCUUUGAAAUCUUCCUCCCAAAUCGUAUAUCACGCCAACUGCGAAUACCACCAGAUUUUAUCAAGCAUUUUGAUCAAAAGAUACCAGAGAAGAUUGUUCUUAAAGAUGUUUUAGGAAGAGUUUGGCAUGUGGAUGUGAAUCGAGAGAAAACUGGUGUUUUUUUGAAGAAUGGUUGGAAUAGAUUUGUUAAGGAAAAGAGCCUAGAGCUUGGCCAAUUUAUGGUGUUCAGAUACAACAGAAGAUCAUCAUCAUUCACUGUUCGACUUUUUGGUAAGAAUGCAUGCAUGGAUGAAGAUCAAGAAUCUAGAAAACCCUUGAUCAAUAGUGUGAAAGAUGAACAAGAAUCUGAUUUGGAAUCAACCCCGAUGCCUAAAACUAAAAGAAAGUACUGCAGAAAAUCACCAAAUUUUGCCUAA